UGGCCACACCACACAAAAACAGGCGGGAAAAUUGGCCAACCAGUUCUAAUAGCAUCGCUACUUUAUUGGUUAGAAGCUAUUUUACUAUCAAAAUGCAGAAGUCUAUAACCUCUUUCUUCAAGAAAAAGUCUGAUGCAGCCGAUAGCUCCUCACCGCCAAAAAAAGUUCCCAAGAUUGAUAAAGAGACAGAUCAAGGAGUUGAACCUAUCAUAAAGACUAAGAGUGUGUCCCCAGAUAUUAAGACAAAGGUUAAACCUAUGUCUGUGGAUUCUGUGGAAAAAACAAGUCCAUUAAAAGAAGUUAAAAAAGAAUUAAAUGAUGCCGAACAUAAGCCGACUGAUAAAAAGGUCACUACUAUAGGCCUAAACUCAACCGCUACUAGCAAGGAGGACAUGGAAAACUACGAUCCUUCUGCCGACUCCUAUCAUCCGCUCAAAAAUGCCUACUGGAAGGGCAAGAAAGUCACUCCGUACUUCGCAUUGGCUCGCACAUUUCAAGUAAUCGAGGAGACCAAAGGACGCCUUAAAAUGAUUGACACGCUUAGCAAUUUCUUCAGCUCAGUGAUGUUGGCAAGUCCAGAGGAUCUAGUGCCUAGUGUGUACCUUAGCAUUAACCAACUAGCCCCUGCCUACGAGGGAUUGGAACUGGGAGUUGCUGAAACCACGUUGAUGAAGGCCAUAUGUAAGGCCACGGGUCGCAAUUUGGCUCAUAUUAAAUCACAGACGCACUUGAUCGGAGAUCUCGGAAUUGUGGCCGAACAGUCGCGCGUUUCCCAGCGCAUGAUGUUCCAACCUGCUCCUCUAAAUGUCAGGGAUGUUUUCAGGAAACUGCGGGAAAUAGCCAAGAUAUCUGGCCAGUCCAAGAUGGAUCAGGUGUACAAUAUGUUUGUGGCAUGUAGAUCAUCAGAGGCUCGCUUUUUCAUUCGAUCUUUAAUAGGAAAGUUGCGAAUUGGCAUUGCCGAACAGAGUCUGCUUACAGCUCUGGCUAUUGCUCUGGUCAAAAAGAACCACAUCGACGAUUGCAAAGCUAGUAAGGUUCCCGAAGUUUAUAAGGAUGAAAUAGCAGAUACAACUUUGCUGCUUAAAACUGCAUACAGUCAAUGUCCCAAUUAUGACAUAAUUAUUCCAGCCAUUUUAAACUAUGACAUCAAGGAGCUUCAAGAACGCUGCCCCAUGCAUCCUGGUAUGCCGCUGAGGCCUAUGCUCGCCCAGCCCACGAAAGGCGUUCACGAGGUUUUUGAAAGAUUUGGCGGCAUGCGAAUCACCUCCGAGUGGAAGUACGAUGGAGAACGAGCCCAAAUCCACCGCAACGAGAAGGGGGAAAUCAGCAUAUUCUCACGCAACUCUGAAAACAACACGGCCAAAUAUCCAGACUUGAUCGCCCGAAGCAAUGGGUUACUUAAAGCCGAGGUCAAGUCAUAUAUCUUAGACAGCGAAAUUGUGGCCUGGGAUGUCGAGCGAAAGCAGAUUUUACCGUUCCAAGUUCUUAGUACACGAAAGAGAAAAAACGUUGACAUCGAGGAAAUUAAGGUCCAGGUCUGCGUCUACAUAUUCGAUCUUCUUUACAUCAAUGGCAAUGCAUUGGUGACCAAAAACUUGUCAGAGCGUCGCAAACUCCUGCUGGAGAACUUCCAGGAAGUUGAAGGCGAGUGGAAGUUUGCCACUGCUCUUGAUACCAAUGACAUAGACGAAGUACAGCAGUUUCUUGAGGAAUCUAUUAAAGGGAAUUGUGAGGGCCUUAUGGUUAAGACUCUGGAUGAAGAGGCCACCUACGAGAUUGCAAAGAGAUCGAGGAACUGGCUAAAACUGAAAAAGGAUUAUUUAUCCAAUGUGGGCGACUCAUUGGACCUCGUAGUGAUAGGUGGCUACAAGGGAAAAGGCCGGCGUACUGGAACUUAUGGAGGAUUUUUGCUUGCCUGCUACGAUACCGAAAACGAGGAGUACCAAAGCAUAUGCAAAAUUGGAACAGGUUUCACCGAUGAGGAUCUUCAGACGCACUCCGAAUUCUUAAGCAAACACGUAACCAGCACCGCCAAAUCCUAUUACAGAUACGACUCAAGCCUGGAGCCAGAUCACUGGUUUGAACCAGUUCAGGUGUGGGAAGUCAAGUGCGCCGAUCUGUCCCUCAGUCCGAUCCACCGAGCAGCAAUAGGCAUUGUGGACGGAGAGCGCGGCAUAUCCUUGAGAUUCCCCCGGUUCAUUCGAAUCCGCACCGACAAGAACAGCGAGAAUGCAACGGACGCCAAUCAGGUGGCCCACAUGUACCAGUCACAGGAUCAGGUUAAAAAUAAUCAAAAAUCGUGCACACAAAUGGAAAUGGAGGACGAGUUCUAUUGACCGUAUAGCUCAGUCCAUGUGUACAUUUAUUUAAGAAUAAAACCCGUUAUCGCUA